UAGUCCGAGCUACUGAGGAGGCUUGAUGCAAGAGAAUCACUUGAGUCCAGCAGGAGUUUGAGGUUGCUGUGAGCUAGAGGCGAACAGGGCACUCAACCCAGGGUGACAGAGUUAGACAGUGUCAAAAAAAGGAAGGGAGGGAGGGAGGAAAAGGAAGAAAAGCAAGCAACAGACCAAAAUAAAACUCCACAGCAUGGUUUUGGUAGUUUUCAGCCCAAAUACCCCAUAGCUUCGUCUUCUGCUGUUUCUUUACCCUCCCAGUGCCUCAGGUUCCCCACCCGAGGAAUGGGGCUAUAGAGGCGCCCUUUCAUGGUUGGGAGGUGUUCCAGGCGGUGUCCCUGCGCGGGGUGGAUAGCCCAGGUCACAGGGAGAAGCCGCUGGUGGGUUCCUCGGGUCGGGGCGGGGCGGGCUAAAUCCGGGUGGCCAGUGAGUGGCAGGAGCAGCUGCCGCCGGGCCGGGCGCCCUCCGCAGUCCCUUAGUGGAGCUCCCCAGCUCGGGCCGGUCUGACCGGUUUGGGCCGCCCCGCCUAGCUCUGGGCUGGGAGGAGCCGCCGCCAGCCCGGCGGUCCGUGUAUCCCUCGGGGUCUCCGUGAAUCUAAACCUCGGAACCAGACCCGGGACGCAGAGGGCGCCCGCGGGGAUGGGGGCCGAGCGGCAGCAUUACUACGGGAAGCACGGAACGCCACAGAAGUAUGACCCCACCUUCAAAGGACCCAUUUACAACAGGGGUUGUACGGACGUCAUUUGCUGUGUGUUCCUUCUCCUGGCCAUUGUGGGCUAUGUGGCUGUGGGCAUCAUAGCCUGGACCUAUGGAGACCCUCGGAAAGUGAUCUAUCCCACUGACAGCCGGGGCGAGUUCUGUGGGCAAAAGGGCACGAAAAACACGAACAAACCCUACUUGUUUUAUUUCAACAUUGUGAAGUGUGCCAGCCCACUGGUCCUGUUGGAAUUUCAGUGUCCCACCCCGCAGAUCUGCGUAGAGAAAUGUCCCGAUCGCUACCUCACCUAUCUGAAUGCUCGCAACUCCCGGGACUUUGAGUACUAUAAGCAGUUCUGUGUUCCUGGCUUCCAGAACAAUAAAGGUGUGGCCGAGGUGCUUCGAGAUGGUGACUGCCCUGCUGUCCUCACCCCCAGCAAACCCUUGGCCCAGCGAUGCUUCCCAGCCAUCCAUGCCCACAAGGGGGUCCUCAUGGUGGGCAACGAGACAACAUAUGAAGAUGGACAUGGCUCUCGGAAAAACAUCACAGACUUGGUAGAAGGUGCCAAGAAAGCUAAUGGGGUCCUGGAGGCCCGGCAGCUGGCCAUGAGGAUAUUUGAAGAUUACACCGUCUCUUGGUACUGGAUUGUCAUAGGACUGGUCAUCGCCAUGGUGAUGAGCCUCCUAUUCAUCAUCCUGCUCCGCUUCCUGGCUGGCAUUAUGGUUUGGGUGAUGAUUGUCAUGGUGAUUCUGGUGCUGGGCUAUGGAAUAUUUCACUGCUACAUGGAGUAUUCCCGACUGCGAGGUGAGGCUGGCUCUGAUGUCUCCCUGGUGGACCUUGGCUUUCAGACAGAUCUCCGGGUGUACUUGCACUUACGGCAGACAUGGAUGGCCUUCAUGAUCAUUCUGAGUAUCCUCGAAGUUAUUAUCAUCUUGUUGCUCAUCUUUCUUCGGAAGAGAAUUCUCAUCGCUAUUGCACUUAUCAAAGAAGCCAGCAGGGCUGUGGGAUAUGUCAUGUGCUCCAUGCUGUACCCGCUGGUCACCUUCUUCCUGUUGUGCCUCUGCAUUGCGUACUGGGCCAGCACUGCCGUUUUCCUGUCCACUUCCAAUGAAGCAGUCUAUAAGAUUUUUGAUGAUGUGUCCUGCCCACUGACUGGGAAAACCUGCAAACCUGAGACCUUCCCCUUCGUCAAUGAAUCCCACCUGUGCCCCAACGCUCGCUGCCAGUUUGCCUUCUACGGGGGUGAAUCGGGCUACCACCAGGCACUGCUGGGCCUGCAAAUCUUCAACGCCUUCAUGUUCUUCUGGCUGGCCAACUUUGUGCUGGCCCUGGGCCAGGUCACACUGGCUGGGGCCUUCGCCUCCUACUACUGGGCCCUGCGCAAGCCGGACGACUUGCCAGCCUUCCCGCUCUUCUCUGCCUUUGGCCGGGCGCUCAGGUACCACACAGGCUCCCUGGCUUUCGGCGCCCUCAUUCUGGCCAUUGUGCAGAUCAUACGAGUGAUUCUCGAGUAUCUGGAUCAGCGCCUAAAAGCUGCGGAGAAUAAGUUUGCCAAGUUUCUCAUGACCUGUCUCAAAUGCUGCUUCUGGUGCCUGGAGAAAUUUAUUAAAUUCCUGAACAGGAAUGCCUACAUCAUGAUUGCCAUCUAUGGCACCAACUUCUGCACUUCGGCCAGGAAUGCCUUCUUCCUGCUCAUGAGAAAUAUUAUCAGAGUAGCCGUCCUGGACAAAGUUACCGACUUCCUCUUCCUGUUGGGCAAACUUCUGAUCAUGGGUAGUGUGGGGAUCCUGGCUUUCUUCUUCUUUACACAUCGUAUCAGGAUUGUGCAGGAUACAGCACCACCUCUCAAUUAUUACUGGGUCCCUAUACUGACAGUGAUCAUCGGCUCCUAUAUGAUUGCCCAUGGCUUCUUCAGCGUCUAUGGCAUGUGCGUGGACACCCUGUUCCUCUGCUUCUGUGAGGACCUGGAAAGGAAUGACGGUUCUCAGGAGCGACCCUACUUCAUGUCGCCUGAGCUAAGAGACAUCCUGUUGAAGGGGAGUGCGGAGGAGGGGAAGCGGGAGGAAGUUGAGGAGUGAUGGGGGCUGGCUUGGGAUUAGGUUUCCUCCCUGUAGACUGGGGGUACAUGCAAGGGGGCCUUCUUGCCUGGGAGUGUGGGGCUCAUGUGUGUCCCUUGGAGCCCACUGCAGUCUGGCCCUCUCUGGUCCUAGUGUAUCUUGCUUCCUAACCCUCUGAGGCUUCUCUGUGGCCCUUGUUCCCCAACCCCACCCCUGGAGGCUUCUGCCCAUGGACUCUGCUCAUGUCUACCACUCUGGGACCUCUCUCCGCAGUGGAGGAUCUGGAGAGGAAUGAUGGCUCGGCCGAGAGGCCUUACUUCAUGUCUUCCACUCUCAAGAAGCUCUUGAACAAGACCAACAAGAAGCCUGCGGAGUCCUAACAGCCCAUCUUCUACUUCUCGGGGAUCCUCACACCAGGUGCUCUGCAGCUGGGUCAAUUCCCCCAGCCCCUGGGAUUUACCUGAAGUCCUGUCACUGCCCCUAGGCCCCCUUCUUCAUUAAUCAGUUUUCUAGGGACCUGGAAAAUUGGGGGCAUCUCCUCCCUGUGCCAAGGGGCCCCAAUAAGACUGCAAAGUGAGUCUCUCUUGCCCUCACUGGCCUGAAUGGAGAGAAAUCCAGUGGGGUCUCUUGAUGUCCAAGAGGCAAUGUGGUCUGACCUCUGCAAGCUCCCUUAUGCUUCCUGUCCCUCUCUUCAUGACAAUGGGACAGACUACAGGAAGGACAGCAUUUGUGUCUGAGUGAACUCUGGCUCCAAACUCUUCUGUUUGCCACUGCCCGCCCUUGCCAGGACUGAACCCCUUCUCCAUGGCUGAACAGUUAACUCAAGGGCCACCAGAAGCAUUUCUUUUUUCUUAUUAUUUUUUUUAACCUGGGCGUGCACUAAAUGGUCUAUUAGCUUUUUUCCAUCUGUCUCAACAGCUGAGAUGGGGCCACCAAGGAGUGCCUUCCUUUGACCCCUCCCUGCCAGGCGUGGCUGGGGUGAAAUCUUGUGUGCCCAGGUGGGGGUAUCUUCUGGUUGGGGAUGGGGUCUUGAUGGGAGAGGGAGGGAAGGAGACUGUUAGGACCAUGGGGAGCACACCUGGGUGGCCAGGCUGGAGGAGACCACUAAUAGCUGCUUAAUGGAAACCUCCUGGCUGCCUGACUAGGUUGGACUGGAUUUCCCCCCUUCCUCCACCAGUUAGGACACAGCUCUCUUUGUAAGAGAGGAAAGAAACUGAAUCCACCCAAGGGAUGGUUUCAGGGGGAGAGCUGGGAGGCUGGAUGCCCUAGGCAAACCAGGCCCCUCUACCCCCAUAUCUCGCCUUGAGGACCCUUUUGCCAAACUUGUUGAACUCUGGGAACCUGGUUUCCUGGUUCCUCCUUUGCCAUAUUCCAAAUGCCCUUCCCCCACCGACUUCAUGUCUCUGCU